CGGAGUUUUACCUUUAAAAAGGCGGUGGAUUGGGUUUGAACGGCAUCAGUUCCAUUUCCAACCAACUCCUGACAUGAAGUCUAAUCUUUCUCUGCUCCUAGCUGCCUUGGUUUGCUUCACGGCAAUCCAGGCGGCGCCUCAUUCUCUAAGAAUUCUGAAUAAGCGUCAAGCAACGACUCCUGUAAAAUCUGAACCAACUGCACCUGCCAAAGUCGAAGUCCCCGCUCCGAAAACUGCGGAAAAGGCCGUUGUUCCCGCUGUUGUUCUUCCUGCCGUCAUCCAGGUGAAUCCCGUUCCAGCAGCCCCAGUUGUUGCUCCCGCCGCUGUCGUUCCAGUGGCAGCCCCAGCCGUCGCAGUUGUGACUCCUGCUGUUGCUGCCCCGGUUGUUGCUCCAGCAGCGACUCCAGUCGCUGUUGUUGCUGCAGCUGCCCCAUCCGCUGCUCCUGCCGUAGUCUCUACUCCCGUUGAUCCUGAGGCCGAACCAGUGGAAGUAGCUGAAGUCGAACCAGUUGAAGAAGCCGAGCCGGUAGAAGCCGAGCCGGUAGAAGCCGAGCCGGUUGAGGCUGAACCAGUGGAAGCAGAGCCGGUUGAAGCGGAAGCAGCUGAAGCCGAACCCGCAGGAGAAGCUGAAGCCAAGGCAAAUGCCGCAAGGAGAAAGCGUCAAGCCGCCACCCCUGCCGUCGCUGCUACCCCAGCUGCCGCUACUCCAGUUGCUGCUGCCGCUCCGGUUGUUGCCGCUGUGAAUCCAUUCGAGUCACCCAAGGACACCCUGGAAGUGACUCAGGCUAAAGCCGCUCAUUUUGCCGCUCACGCUCAAGCCAAAGCCGCUCAAUUGGCCGCAGUUGCACCAGCCGCUGCUCCAGUUGCCGCUCCUGUCGCCGUUCCAGCCGUUGUGGCCGGGGAGGAAGUCGAGCCCGUAGAACAGGAACCCAUUGAAGAAGUCGAACCAGUCGAGGCAGCAGAACAGGCCGAAGCCGCUGAACUGGCUGAAGCCGCUGAAGCCGAACCCGCAGCAGAAGCUGAAGCUAAGACACAAGCUGCAAGGAGAAAGCGUCAAGCCACCACCACCGCUGCUGUCGCCACCCCUGCCGUCGCUGCUACCCCAGUAGUUGCUGAUGCCCCCGUCGCUGCUACCCCAGUUGCUGCUACUCCAGUUGCCGCAGUGAAUACCUUUGAGCCACCCAAGGACACCCUGGAAGUGACUCAGGCUAAAGCCGCUCAUUUCGCCGCUCACGCUCAAGCCAAAGCAGCUCAAUUGGCCGCAGUUGCUCCGGCCGCUGCUCCAGUUGCCGCUCCUGCCGCUGCUCCAGCCGUUGUGGCCGGGGAGGAAGUCGAACCCGUGGAACAGGAACCCAUUGAAGAAGUCGAACCAGCCGAGGCAGCAGAACAGGCCGAAGUGGAAGCCGCCGAACCGGCAGAGGCAGCCGAAGCUGCUGAAGCUGAAGCCGCUGAAGCCGCCGAAGUUGAGGCCGCAGAAGCCGGUGGUGCCGCUAGACGGAAGCGUAGCCCCAUGAUGUUCUAAUAAGUGUUGACCCGAGUUUGAUAUUUCCCCAAUCUGUUUAGACUUAUGGCACAUAAUUAGUCGCCAGGCAAAAUGUUAAUUGAAGGAACUUUUAUUUUUCAAUUUUUUUGUUUUUCGAACGAAGGUGAAUCAGUUUCCACUGGGGAAUGU